UGCGUGUCAUGUUGAUGAAUUCUGAAACUGGGUAGUCAACAUGUCCACCGCUGCUGCUCAACGGAACAAUAACGAAGAGCCCGGGCUUCACGGCUCUUGGGUAGAGCUGGAGCUGAAUGGGAACACAGGGGCCCAGGGCAACAUGCAGACCAACCUGCAAGCGGCACCAGCUGCAGACCAAAUAAAUGCCAAUGCUGGCAUUAGUCAAACCAUGCAGACCCUGGAAGUGGUGCCUGAGAGCGAUGAAACCCUUAUUGGAGGACUAGAGCACGUGCCGUCAUCCUCUUCUAUCCACAAUGGAGACAUGGAAAAGAUCCUACUGGAUGCACAGCAUGAAUCCAGCCCUAGUAACUCUGCUUGUGAUAGUCCUCACAGGCCACCAAGUCCAGAACAGGAUGAAGGCCAGAUAACUUUUGAUGUAGAAAUGCCAAGUCCAAGAGGUAGUCAGUCAGAGGAAGAAGGUCUGGACCAGGAGAGAGAAGAAGACAUUUUGAUGAACAAAGAAGUUGAGUGGGUCGCUGAUUGGUCCAGCCGGCCUGAAAACAUUCCACCAAAAGAAUUCCACUUCAGGCACCCCAGACGUUCAGUUUCUCUCAGUAUGAGAAAGAGUGGAGUCAUGAAGAAAGGGGGCAUCUUUUCUGCAGAAUUCCUCAAAGUUUUCAUCCCUUCCUUGCUCAUCUCACACAUUCUCGCUCUCGGCCUCGGCGUGUACAUUGGGAAGAGAAUUGCCACAGCCCCCACCAGUUCCUACUGAAUAGAAGUUGAAGCAGUGCCUGGAUGUUCUUCUUUCUCCAAGUCUCCCCACCAUCCUCCUGUUGUUAAGACGUCUCCCUGCAUCUAUUGUAAAAACCCAUAUUUCUCCUCCAAUCAGCAUUCAAUUCUGUCACAUUGUAGAUGUAGUUAUAGAGUUAUACACAUGACGUAAUGUUGCCGCACUCCAUCACCUUUUGACACAGGGCAACAUUGUUAUAAGUCAUCAUCUUGAAUUCAGUGGAUGACUGACCCUGUUAUAGCUGGAACAAUAUUACUCAUCCUUUUAAACUCCAAACUCUUUGACAGGAUUUGAUGUCCAGAGGCUUCAGGGUUUUAAGUUUUUCUACUUGUUUUCUUGUUUUGUCAUGAGAAAUCUGGCCUUUUGUCCCAAGCUGAAUCUCUUUUAGUGUCUCUGUAAGCAAGAGUGUAUGAACCAAAAAUCAGCGCCAUAUCUGCAGUACCAACAACUAGAAUUGGCUCCUGCAACAGCAGGGACUUGUUUCGCCUUAAUUUUUUGAAGUAAACAUUCAAGGUGCAGUUAUUUGGGGAUGGAGGGGGGGAAACAAUGCUGCACAGUGGGAUUUGUUUUUUAAAUUCCACACAUUUCUGAGAAGAAGUUGUACCACAUUGACUCCUGAGGGUUACUUAUAAAAGCUUUGUUUUUUUGAAGGUUGGAAAGCUUAAACACUGAUGUAGUAUGUAGCUGCAAAAUUUUACAUAAAGGUUGAUUGAAUACCUAUGCUAGUGGAAACUAGGCUGAGUGGCUUUUUAUAAGCUAUAUGCUAUUUUAUUUUCAUUUUGCCAACAUAUCGUAUUCUUUAACGUAACAUAGCAGAAAUGGCUAAGUGCCAAAUUUGUAUCUUUCACCGCUGCACAAUGGUGAUUUAUCUUAGACUGUUUUUUUUAUUUUCUUUUAUGUUUAGGUAUUUAAAGAUGUAGAUGUGAAAAUAAUCUAAGCUGUGAUUUGCCCCAUGUACACCUUUUGACAUCGUAUAAUUUCUUUAUACAUUGAUAUUAAUGCAUAUUAUAUCAUUGUUAUUAUAUAGCAUUGUUGCAGUGUACGUAAUGUGAUUUUCCUGUUUUAAUAGCUGAAGCCAAGAAAAGAGGAAGUUUUUUUUCCCCAAGGCCUUGUCUGAAAGUGUCAUCUGACUUUUAGCUAGAUCACACUGUGCAAUCAUUUCACAUAACAUAAUGCAAUAAACAGUGUAAAGAGUGAGAUGUUUUCUAUGUUGAUGCUUGCUGGAGGACAUCAUUGAGUCAUAUGGAAACCACUGACCAUAAUGUACCGUUUGGCUGCAUUGUUUUUUUAGCAUUCAUCCUGCAUACAGGCUUUGAUGCAUUGUAUAACUCACACUAACCCAUAAACUGUCACCAUAACAGGCUUAUGUACAGUUGAUCAGUGUGCAAUACAGAGCAUUUUGGACUUUGAAUAAAGUUUGUACUGUAUACAGUGGCUGAGGUAUAAAUACAUAGAGUGGACAGAGGUACACAGACCUUAAUGCAUUGUUUAAGUCAUGAUAACAAAUAAAAUACACAUAUCAUCA